AUGACUUCCAUAUCAUUAUCACCAAAUGCACACAAAGCCUUGGAGCCCUCACACCUCCAAGACCGUAUUAUUGGUACUGUCUUUGGCUCAGCCUUAGGAGACGCAAUCGGGUUGUACACCGAAUUUCUCUCUGCUGAGAUCUCCUCAAAGGCUUAUCCCGACCGCACCUUUACGCUACUCCCUGUCGAGAAAGCCACUCCCUUUCGUCGCGAUCAUCACAGAAAUUUUCAUCGCCCUGGAGAGUGGAGUGACGAUAGUGACCAUGCUAUAUUAAUACUGCUCUCGUAUCUCCAUGGCGAUGGCAAGAAGCUAGAUCCGCAAGACUUUGCCUCGAGGCUCUCAGUCUGGGUACGCAUGGGAUUGAGAGCUCUCGAUACUCUGCCUCUUGGUUUGGGGCGGACUGUUGGUGGUAUCGUUAGGAGCAAAUCGUAUCUCGACGACCCUGAAGGAACAGCUCGAAAGUUUUGGGUCGCGAGCAAAUACAACGCUGCGCCCAAUGGAAGCUUGAUGAGAACGCAUCCGCUGGGACUAAUGUGUCUCGGGAAGUCGAUCGAGGAAACUUUCCAGAUCGCAGCCGAUUUCUCCGUGGUUACCCACGUGGACCCAAGAUGUGUGGUUUCCUGUGCGAUUGGAACUGCUCUCGUCAGGGGUCUUGUACUUGGUGAGAUAUACGAUGAACAAGACGUUGACAACUUGAUCGAAACUGGUCUUGCGUGGUAUACCCAGCUUCGCGAAAAGGAGCUCCAAGAUCCCGACAGACAAGACGAGCCGCAACUAGAUCUUGCUGAGUUCAGACAACAUGCCACAGCUCAAAAACUCGCAGACCUCAAUUUGGACGAGAGUUACAAGAUUGGUUACGUCUACAAGACCUUUGGCUCUGGCAUUCUGCUCCUUCGCCUUGCACUACGCCAGCUCAAGUCAUCCGGCCAACUAUGCUCUCAGCUUACUAUCUUCGAAAAGUUCAUAACCGACCUUGUCAUGGAGGGUGGAGACGCAGACACAAAUGCUUGUUUUGCCGGUGCUCUUCUUGGGGCGUUGCUUGGCUACAAGACCCUGCCACCGCAUUGGCGCGAUGGCCUCCGACACGGAGUAUGGCUGAUAGAAAAGUCGGAAGGGCUAUGCGAUACACUGGGUGUGACAAAGGGAUCCUACCUAGGAUCCAAGGAUAAAGAUACUGCAGAGGACGGUGGGCGGGGUUUCUUGACGGAUGCUCAAAUGGAGGAGAAGUGCAUGAGGAUGCAGGCUUGGAUGGCCCAGGAGGAAACGGAAUGGAAGAAGAAUCAGGAGACUGACAAGAAGAAACCAAGCUGGUUCAAAUGGAAGUGA